AUUCAAACAUCAGUCGACGCCGAGCUCGCCUCCGAGGUACACAUACGUGAGAAAUGUUGAUCUAAUCGCACAGUCGCUAACAAACAACAGAAAGCGAUAGUGUUGUAUACAGUGAAGCUUUGUAUUGCUUUGUGAACGAUUCAGUGUGCUAUAUACGGACUGAGCGGUACUUGAGAACAAAAAUGACAUUCUCUGGGAACAUGAAAGAAAGCAAACCGCGAACCGACACAUGGGAGACGGAGCUGGGAUACGGCUGGUCUCGUAAGGAGCAACGUCGUUGUAGAGCACACAGGCCGCCGGAGUCCACGAUGUCUGUCAGCAGUGACAUCAGGUUCACUCGACGCAAACUAAGCAGACCUUGUCGGGGAUGCUGUGCUGCUCUUGCGGCUCUACUCGUCCUAUUGCUGCUCGGUGCUGUUGCUGUCUACCUCGGCCAUAUGUAUCUGUUUGGAGAUCCAUUGAACCGGCAAACCUUCCGAGGGUCAUUUGUGGUGUCGACAUGGGAUUCGAGUGACGAAAUGCUAUCAGACUCGAAAAACGGCACCCGCGAGAUGGAAAUGCGGCAGGUCCUUUAUAACACAUAUAGAACCUCCGAGUUACAUUCUUGUUUUGUCUCAGCUGAAAUCUUAGCUUUAGACAGUGUGUCUGAAGGGACUAGGGUUCACUUCGAAGUAUCCUUCGAGCCUAUCUUCACAGCAGUCAGCACGCCGGAUGUAGCCGCUGUUUUAGAACGGGAGCUUGAAACCCCUUUCUUUCUAAAUAUAGGAGUUUUAGCAGAAACUUUACAUAUUGAGGAAAGCUCGAUUAUAUCUUCUCAAGCAUUAAAAGAGGGUGAUACAACAAGUACAGAGGCUCCCACCACAGAAGAAAUAACAUUAGAAAUAGAAGAAGAGCUCCGGGAAUGCAGUUCACUAAGCCUGCCUCUGUGUUCUCACCUACCCUAUAAUACGACUUCAUAUCCAAACCUAGUUGGACACACGUCUAAGGAAGUUCUACUUAGAGAUCUUGUCGCAUUCAGAGAACUUCUAGACGCGGAAUGUUCCAAUCUAGCGCAAGAUUUCGUAUGUCAAAUGUUACAACCACGAUGCGAGGACGAUCAUGUGAUCCGUCCUUGCCGGGCGUACUGUCGCGCCUUUCACGCAGGUUGCGGGUCACGGCUCCCUGAACGACUGAGACCACACUUCGACUGCUCGAGAUUUCCGGACUACUUCGGACCAGGGUCAUGCCUCCCUGAACCGGAUUGCUUGGGUGGUCUUCAACGCCUGGCUCUGUCUCGUCGUGCGUGCGAUGCUGUCCCGGACUGUGCUGAUGCGGUGGACGAGCGCUCUUGUUCUCAUUGCUCGUCAGCAGGCCCGGGAUCGUUACGCUGCGCCUUACAGCCUCGCUGUCUUCCACAGCACCUGCGCUGCGAUGGAACCCCGGACUGCGCUGACGGCAGCGAUGAAGCCGGCUGUUUGUGGGUAACCCGUUCGUUGUCGUCAUGGCGUCGCGAGACUCGUGAGAGUACACUGGGCGCGAUCCGUCACCGGGCAGGGUACGCGGUCUGGGCAGAGCGUGGCCGUGUCGGCAAGAUCUGCGCGGAACCCUACGCACACGACCGGAAGGCGCUCAUGAACGUAGCGACCUCCCUGUGCACCGCGCUAACAUUCAAAUCUGCAGUGUCAGCCGAAGCGGUGCCUGAUGCUGAGGAAGAGCCUGAUGAAAAAAACGAAAAUACACAAACAGUAUCCCAAAAAAAUGAGCCGGAAUAUGUUGAAAUAGUCGACCCCGCUGCAGCAGAAAUAUCGUUUGUCAAGAGCGACUGUCCUCAGAGGAAGGUUAUCAAGAUCAUCUGUGAUCAACUCGAAUGUGGAAUACCGUCCGCACGAGGCGCGGGCGCUACACUGGGUGUGCAGCAUCUACCACGCUCGGCACGGCCCGGCGACUGGCCCUGGCACGCGGCUCUACUGCGUACGCACGUGCAUGCAUGUGACGCACUCCUCGUGCAUGCUGCCUGGCUCGUUACCACCGCAUCUUGCUUCCAAGGUCAACCGAAAGCGGAAUGGACUGCUAGAUUGGGAAUUGUACGCAUUCAAAGCACUUCACCCUGGCAACAAGAGAGGAGGAUUGUAGGAAUGGUGAAGUCACCGGUUGAAGGCAGUAUGUUGGCGAUGGUACGAUUAGAAGAGCCAGUUGAAAUCACAGACUUUGUCCGUCCUGCUUGCUUACCCAUCGAUGGCUUUAAAACGAGUGAACAUAGCAUCUGCAAUACCCUGGGGUGGACGAGAAAUAGGGAUCAAUUGCAAAGAGUUCAUGUUGUCCCCACUACUAUGAACACUUGCGAGAACGUUAGCAUAGCAACUGGCAAUGGCAUAUGUGCAGAACCAUUGUAUGAUCAAGAUGAUUGCGACGAAGAAGAAUAUGCAGGCAGUGCAAUGAUGUGCUUUGACGAGAAAUCGAAGCACUGGUCUGUGAUAGGAGUCAGCAGUUGGAGAAUAGCGUGCUCAAAGAUUGGAUUGGGAAGGCCCAGGAUAUACGACGCCGUUACAUCACAUAUCGACUGGAUUCGAAGAACAAUUGCAAACUCUUCAAGAUGACUUUCGUAUCACAGUUAAAAUUAGGUGUAAAGUGAACUACAAGGGGCCAUCCAUAAAGUAAGUCACACGAAUUUAAGGGCUUUUGAACCCCUCCCUCCGUCCUUGUCACAGGUUAUCACAUUUUUAUAACCCCCCCCCCUCCUGAUGUGACGUCGCACAUUUUUUUAUUUAUGUAUAUAUUUAAAAAUAAUCUAGAGAAAGCUUCUAUUUUCAUUUCUUACCUAUUGUUUUUAAAUAGUAUUAUAGUAAAAUCAACAUAAAGUCUAAUUUUAAUAUGUGACGUCACAAAACUAUUGCCCCCCCCCCAUGCACCUUGUGACACGAUGUCAUACUUGAAGAUACCGGAUACGUACUUUAUGGAUGGUCUUCAAGAUCCAAUUAUAUAAAAUUAUGUUAAAACUUUGUAAACUAUGUAACUAUUAGUGUAAGUUUAAAAUUAAAAAUCAUGCCAUGAACAAGCACAGAAUAAUUAUAUUUUCUUUAAAUAUAAACAAAAAUUCUUAUAUUGUAAUGUGUUUUCUGUGUCUAUUGAGCGAUCUCUCUUAUUAUGGUAGUUAUGUCUCCUAACUCACCAAAAUUAUGUACCUACAGAAAACAAAACAUGUUUUUGUUAAUUUGUCUAUUAGUCAUGUUUUAAGGAUGAGUAGUUUUAAAAUUGUUAAUAAUAGAUAGUUGAGUUAAAUUAUUAAUAUAUUAAGCUUAAGUAAAGGUCAAAUAAAAUAUAUUCACUAAGAUAAGUCAUUCCAUAUGAAUAGAAAUGUAUUUUUUAUUUUACAAUAUGCAUGUAUGUUAAUAACAAUUAAUUAUGUUUGUAAUACUUUGUAAAUUAAAUGUAAAUAUGUUUCAAAGUAAAAUACCAAAAUAUUAAAUUAUUUUUAGUACA